AUGAGAACCUCCUUUAUCCUCGCAGCUCUUGCAGCUUGCGCUGUUGCGCUUCCAAAUCCACUUCCUAAGGCGAACGGCAAUGAGCCCCCAAGAGACGUCAAGUACCGCAGUGCUUCUAUUUCGCCACCAAGAGACAUCACGUACCGCAGCGCUGAGGCGGAGGCGAACGGCAACGAGCCCCCAAGAGACAUCAAGUACCGCAGUGCUGAGGCGGAAGUGGAUGCUAUUUUGCCACCAAGAGACAUUACGUACUAA